AGAAGAUCCAACCUGCACCAGAUAGACAUAAGAAACUCUCGGCACCAAGAAAGAAAAGCUUACCUUCCUUGCUAAAGUUUAAGUGACUGUCGCCAGAUCUGCAGAUCAGCUAGCUGAGAUAGAGUCGUGAGGAGGAGGCAUGGUGAGAGGGAAGAUUGUAAUCAGGAGGAUCGACAACUCCACUAGUCGGCAGGUCACCUUCUCGAAACGCAGAAACGGGCUGAUGAAGAAAGCCAAGGAGCUCGCCAUCCUCUGUGAUGCGGAGGUCGGCCUGGUUAUCUUCUCCAGCACCGGCCGGCUCUACGAUUUCGCCAGCACCAGGUUCAUGAAGUCUCUGAUAGAACGAUACAAAAAGGCCAAAGAGGACCAUCAUUUUUCUAUGACUGCAACUUCGGAGGUUAAGUUUUGGCAAAGAGAGGUAGCAAGCUUGAGGCAGCAACUACGUAACUUGCAAGAUAAUCACAGGCACUUGAUGGGAGAAGAGCUCUCUGGCCUUAGCAUCAAGGACCUACAGGACUUGGAGAAACAACUAGAGAUGAGUCUUCACGUUGUCCGAACGAAGAAGGACCAACUGUUGACAGAUCAAAUUCAGGAGCUUAAAUGGAAGGCAAAUCUUAUUUACCAAGAGAAUGCGGAGCUUCAUAAGAAGGUAACCCUCCUUAGUGAAGAAAACAUGGAACUACACGAGAAGGUGAAAGCAACAAGGGGUGAGAUCGGUGACAGUGGAGACUCAGCUGUUCCAUAUGGUUGUCUUAGUAUCAGAGAGGAAGCAGAUGCACCGAAUCAUCUCCAGUUAAGUAGGCCACUAGAGCAAGCAAAUGGAGUACAAAUUGGAGCACCACAGCUACGCCUUGGAUUGCACUAAGAAGAUCUCAAAGCUUCAACAGCAUCAUCUCCUGAUGUGGUGUACUGAGAGGAGCUUCAAGGAGAAUUAUAUAUAUAUAUAUGUAUAUCAUGUGAUUUAACUAAAACCAAUUGUUGUUCAUUAGUUCUUCACUAUGAAGUUAUGAAUACUAUUGAUCCAGUUGAUAAGUUUAGCAA